AUGCUCAAUGGCAAGACAUACAUGGUCGUCGACCCUGCACUCACCGCAGCUGUACAACGCGCAUCUUCCACGCUCGAUUUCGAUGAAAUAAUCGUACAAUCCACUCCCCGUCUCGUCAAAUUAAGUGCACGCACUGCGAAAAUUCUAGAAGAUCAAACGGCAAAGGACGAAGGGAGGAAGCGAAUGCUCCAGCUCGACCAUUUCUCCGACUACAUCAAUGAUAUCCGAGAUGGCGAAGAAUUGGGAUUGUUCAAGCUGGUCACAAAGGAACUCGUGGCUGCCACAAUGAACACCAUGUUUGGACCUCAGAACCCAUUUGCUGUAAAUCCGGGAUUGAUCGAGAAAUUCUGGGACUGGGACAAUGGAAACAUUGGCUAUGCCGUCUCUCCGUUUGCUCAAAUCACUGCCCGGAAAGCCUACAAUGCGAUGCAAGCAUGCGUUCAAGGUUUUAUGGAGUACACGGAAAAAGGAAGGUACAGCCAGGCACAACCGUUCCUCGAGGAGAGGCACCAGUGUCACAUCAGAGAGGGUAUCUCGCUCGAGGACCAUGCUCGUCUUGAAAUGGGCCUCUGUAUGGGCUUCAACAGCAACGCCAGCGUCACAACAUUCUGGAUCCUCAACCACAUCUACAGCCGGCCCGAACUCCUCUCACAGAUUCGCGAAGAGCUCUAUGCCAACGCGUUCGAAGCUCCGGGAACAAUAUCAGCCUCCAAGAUCAAAGAAUCGUGUCCAUUGCUCAACUCCGUCUUCCGCGAAACAUUGCGUCUCGGCGCGCCCAUGACCUCGGUCCGCUACGUCCUCGAGGACACUAUCAUAGCAGACACAUAUCUCCUCAAGAAGGGCAACGUAGUCCAGAUUAUCGGUAGCGUAAUGAACUCAGAUCCUGCAAUUUGGGGGCCUGACGCUGACAAGUUCAAUCCCCGACGCUUUAUUCACAGCUCCUUUGGCAGUAAGACAAAUCCUGACGGCAGCAUCAGCGACUCCAAAGCCAACACCGUCCACCCAGCAGCGUUUCGAAGCUUCGGUGGCGGCUCGAGUUUGUGUCCUGGUCGGCACUUUGCGCAGAUUGAGGUCACGGGUUUGGCGGCGAUAAUAGUGCUUGGGUUUGAUUUGGAGCCGGUGGAGGAUACGAAGUGGGAACCGCCGAGGAAUGACAAGAGGAUCCCGCUGGUGGUACCGAAGCCGUUGCAGGACGUGAAGGUAAAGAUGGUGAGGAGGAAAGGCUUUGAGAAUGUGAAGUGGAAUAUGAACGCUUAAGUGAAUGCUUGGAUUUUCACGCAUGCUCAGCAAAGUGGGUGAGUCAGUUAUAUAUCGCAAUCAUCAGCGUUUUGUU